GGUCAGUCAGACGGCACAGCUUCAGAUUAUCGGAUGUGGAUGAGGAAUCAGGUCUAAUCUCUACCAUCUCAAGAUUCUUCUUUUGUGGGAAAAGGUACCUGAAGCUUUUCCAUUUGUCCCAGCCCAGAAGAAACCACUGAAUCUAUCUCACUAUCAUGGGAAAACUGCCAAACAGCACCAUAGAGAUGCUUAAGAACCAAAUGCUGCAGACCACUUUGCCUGCCCUCUACUUGUUCAUCUUCACCAUCAGCAUUCCCCUCAACUCUAUCUCUUUGUGGUUCCUUUGCCGCCACUCAAGGCCUUGGACUCCCACCAUUGUGUUUUCAAUUAACCUGACAAUCACAGACUUGCUCUACAGCAUGCUCCUCCCUUUUCAAGUGGUCUACCACUUACGGGGAAAUGACUGGCCCUUUGGACAGGUUCUGUGCCGCAUCAUAACUGUGCUAUUCUAUGCAAACAUGCACUGUUCUGUUUUAACCAUGACGAGCAUCUGCCUAGAGCGCUACCUGGGAAUUGUUCACCCGCUGACGCACAGGACCAUGAGACCCAUUAGAACAGCUCUCCUGACAUGCGUCCUCAUUUGGAUAUUUGUUUUACUGCUGCACCUCCCACUCAUGAAGACAGAGCUCACCUUCCAGGUAGAGGAGCUGCAGAUAACCACUUGUUUUGAUAUAUUGCCCAAAGCUAUGUUUCCUUCAAGGAAUCAUUUCAUCGCCUAUUUUGGCUCUCAAGUUCUUCUGUGCUUUCUCCUACCUUUGCUAAUAAUGGCAUUCUGCUACACCUUAGUCAUUCGGACUCUUCUCAAUUCCCCUCCCACACAACUAAGGGAAAUUAAGAAGCAGACAAUGUAUUUGAUAAUAGUGUUGCUUAUAGUCUUUGUAGUAUGUUACGUGCCCAAUAUUGUGAUAUCAAUCAUCCAUUUCGUCUAUACUACCCAAAAUAAGACUGCUUAUGUGGAAUAUAAGCUGUCUCUGGCUUUGAAUAGCCUUAAUUGCUGCUUCGAUCCACUUGUUUAUUUUUUUGGUUCCAAAGAGUUUCGACAAAAGAUACAGAAGAAGCUCUGCAAAUGCAUGCCUGAUAUAUUCAGUGACAUGGUCAACACCUUUUCAGAACAAGAUGUGCCAAUAACAUCCAGAGAACACGCGCCAAAUAAUUAA